AAUUGUCAUGAAACGUAUUGUACUAACAUAAUAAUAAAUUAUUCAAAAAUAUAAAACACUUUCCAAAGCCGAAAAAAAUUAUUUUGAUGCCAUUGCAAAACCAACCGUGAAAUUGAUCAUAAACACAAUUCUCGUCGGUGCAGAAGCUCUUGUUGGCAGAAGCCGCAGAGAAAAAGAAGUGAGCAACGAAUCGGCGCAAUAAGGGGGCGUUGGGUUGGUGGAGUCACGGAACCUGAGUUUUUUGGUUGUUGUUGUUAACCUUUUGUAGCAGAAAGUCCAAGUCCAGAACCAGCAACACCUGCGAAGAUAGCUCGCUUCAGCAAAACUUUCAUAACGACUAGGAAGCAAAGACCUCAAGCACCAAAAGCACCGUGCCGCAACAUUUCUUCAAAACCGAGUGCCAAAAUUUCAAAAUCACAAGUUUCUGUAGGAAGUAAAAGAGCAGGUCCAACUUGACAUAAAAUAGUGCAAAGUGGUGUGGUUAUUAUUUUGACAUGUAACGUCAUCAUUUUUCUUUUGAUUAACUAAUAAUUUGCUGAGCUGUAUAAUUUUCGUGCUAUGCAUUUAUUUGCUGUAUUGAUUUCAGUCCCAAUAAUAUGCUUGUGUCUCCCACCGUUAGGUGGUGUAUGAAUGUUAUUUUUCUAGUGCUGCUCCAGCAGCGCAUGUACGCAAACGCGUUUAAUAAAAGAAUUAUUAUUAUUAUACUUUUCCAUUGCUAUUGAAGAAUUUCACAAAACCCAAAAGCUCGCCUCUCCUUUUUCAAGAAAGAUCAGGGUUGACACUGACUUGACAGGGAUAAACGAAUAAAUCAGAUAAUCAGUCAAUUUGCGUGUAUCAAUAAAAAUUAGGCGCUUCGCGAGACUGAUGUCAGCUAACUCGUGUUGCUGUCUAUAGAAGUUGCCGAUAUCGGCAUGUCGGACGACAUUGCAUUUAUGAGUGAUUGGUUCUUUGCUUUGAUUAUGAAAGCAGUGAAUAUGGAACGAUGGAAAGAACGAACGGUUUUGCCUCUUUCCGAAAUUUGCUUCAAGACGAUAACACAAAACGCACACAUUUUCAAAGUCAAAAGAAACGGAGUAUCACUGCUGGAAAUAAUUCCGAAACCACUUGCAAGAAAGUUCUUCCAAUUCAUCGGGACAGCAUUGACUGAAAGACAAAAAUUCACUUCCAAGGUAGAUUUUGAUUUUUUGAUGCCUUUGGUAAACGACAGCUUCACCAAGUUCGAUUUUGACAUUGUGACCCAACUGGUCGCUCCGACGGAACAACCGUUCAAGAACGUGCAAAUAGCCUGCGUCCUUCUGCACCACAUUCAGAGAAACUGCACCAAAAUCGAGUGGCUGCGAAUGUACUGGCCAAGUCAGAUGCAGUACUUUUUCCCCUGGGAAAGCGUUGUGCAGUGGAGGGAAUUGAAAUUUCUCAGUAUCAAGGAUUUUAUUUGCGAGCCGAAGACACUACGACUCAUCUUAAAAAACCACCCGAAUCUCAGGGGACUGGAAAUUACCAUUUACUACAACGAAGAGGAAAGCAGCGAGUGCGUUGGAUACCUGACGGCCAUGAAAAACCUGCAACACCUGAGUUUGCAAAUCACUGGGAAAAAUAACUCGAGUCAAAUCACGCGGUACAACCCGCACACAAUCACCGCUUUGAUCGCGAACGUCGCGGCCAAGACGCCGAACCUGACCAAUUUCCACUUCUGCCAUAACAAUUUAACCCACAACAUUUGGAACGGCUUCCUGGAAAAAUUCUCUUCUUUGGAACAAAAUGCAAAGAGAAAAUUGCACAUAGUUGAACUCGUACUGCACGAAUUGGAGUGCGAGUGGCCGAAAAAUUUGACUGUUGGAAAACUGAAAAUCCUCGGUCUUGUCUUCGUGUCAACCUCAGCACUUGAAAAAAUGCGCUCCAUUUGCACGGAAAAAUUGAUUGCUGUUGAACUAAAAAAUGUCCAAGACCAAGAUGUUUACCGGUCGCUGGAAAUUUUUGGGCCGAAAUUAGAGCAGUUGGGGCUCAAAUUCAGAUUGGCGCAAGCCAUGACGAGAAAUUUGAAUUUGUACCGAGUAAUUGAGAUGUGUCCAAAUUUGAGAAAACUUUUCGUCGAUGAAUGUUCGACACUAAAUAGACCAGCGGACUGCACAUUGAGCGCCGAAAGUUUCAGUCGAAUGGAAACUUUCGCCCUCUACAGGACCAAAUACGAAAAUAUAAUCUACGUCUAUCGCAAAGAGAACUGCGAGUUGCUCAAAAUGUUUCUCACCGGCUCGCAAAAGCUCAACAACCGCGUGCACAUUUUCGUGGCCGAAAUGAUUCCGUCCGUUCUGCAGACAAUCCGAGAAGACCACGAGUGCCUGAAAGACAUCAAGGAAGUGCAUUUUGACGUUGAGUUUCCUGAAUCUGAGACGCAGCAGGUGAUGCAGAUCGCCAAAAUCCUCAUGCUUCGCUCGCCGUUUUUGAGGCGGAUCAAAAUUUGGUACCGAUACACGUCAUUUGAAGCGUACCUGGAAAGGUGGUUUUUGAGAAUGACUGAAGCUCUGGACGUUUCUUUGGAAUACGAGCCCAUUUACAUGCGACCACUCGAGUAUGAGGUGUUCAGUGAAAUUUGACUUUAGAACGCGCACACAUAAGAUUUUAUAAAUUGUAUGCCAUUUUCUUGCAAAUUUAAAAUUUUAAUUUAAUUUGCACCUGGCUCCUGUUUCAAAGAUGGGCGGCGUGUAAAUAAAAUAAAAUUAAAUUAUAAUAAUUUAUGCAAAAGUUAAUUUAAAAUUAUAUUUUACAUUAUUUGCAAGGUUUUUUCACUGAAAAUCAGUUCCCCUGUAGUUUCCAUGAAUGGUAAAUUUGAAAAUUUCACGUCAAAACUCCUAUCAAAAUUAAGGAAAUAUUAUGGAUUUUUUUUAUAACAAUUUCUUCCAAGGAAAUGUUAACUAUUAACGCAGAAAAAGGCAUAACUAAAUAGUAAAAUAAUAUUAAAUUUUAAUUGUAA